AUGCAUGAAAGCGAUGAAUUAAGCGACUUUAUAGGCGGUGUGCCUAAUGCCCUUAUAUUACAAAAUGAAAGAUCAAAUAAUGAUCAACCUGUUCAUCCAGCGCAAAAUUUGAUUUAUGCCAGUAUUAUUGGUCUAGGAUUGUUUUUUAUCAUAAUUUUCAUAUGUAUGAUAUGGUUACGGCCGCGAAAACAGGAUGAAUCGAUAGAGAUGAAUACAUUUGUAAUAGUAUCGACAAUGACAACAGCAACAACAACAACUGUGACAACUACUAAACUUGAAUCGAUUAGUAAGUAA